CUUGUCUCUAAAUGCCAUCAUCAUUUCAAUGUGCCUGUCAUUUCUGCUUAGAUCUUCAACAAAAAAACACUUCCAAACUCAACUCUGCAGGUGAUCAUAGACAGUCUACCUGUAAGAAGAAACCUGUGGAUUUAACAUUGCACAUCGCUGGACUGAUACACUUUGACUUGUUAUCAUUUUUUGUGUAUGAAAGUUUGGUAUUAGAAAUGGAAGUUAGUGCGGAUCAGCCUCGGUGGAUGAGCCACCACCACUCGGCGGUACUAAAUGGACAACACCCAGACUCUCAUCACCACGGCCUGGGUCACUCAUACAUGGACCACUCGCAAUAUCCUCUUGCAGAAGAUGUGGAUGUACUUUUUAAUAUAGAUGGACAAGGCAACCACGUCCCGUACUAUGGAAACUCAGUAAGAGCCGUCCAGAGGUAUCCUCCUCCGCACGGAAGUCAGGUUUGUCGUCCACCACUCAUCCAUGGUUCCCUGUCCUGGCUCGAUGGAAACAAAGCCUUGGGGUCGCACCACAGCACUUCUCCAUGGAACUUGAGUCCCUUCCCCAAGACUUCGCUGCAUCACAGUUCCCCAGGAGCACUCUCAGUUUACCCAUCAGCUUCUUCAGCAGGCCAUUCCAGUCCUCACCUAUUCACCUUUCCUCCAACACCCCCUAAAGACGUCUCCCCAGAUUCAGCCAUUUCUACAGCAGGCUCUAGCAGUUCCAGUCGUCAGGAUGAAAAAGAGUGCAUAAAAUACCAAGUAUCCCUAGCCGAUACGAUGAAGCUGGAGUCAGCGCACUGCAGGAACAGCAUGGCAGCAAUAGGAGGGGGGGCAUCAUCAGCUCAUCACCCCAUCGCAACUUACCCAUCCUAUGUCCCUGAGUACGGCCCUGGCCUCUUCCCACCAAGUAGCCUCAUAGGUGGGUCAUCUUCUAGUUAUGGUUCCAAAACAAGACCAAAAACAAGGUCCUGUUCAGAAGGUAGAGAGUGUGUAAACUGUGGAGCAACAUCAACCCCUCUGUGGAGGAGAGAUGGCACUGGUCACUAUUUGUGUAACGCCUGCGGUCUCUAUCACAAAAUGAACGGGCAGAACCGACCCCUCAUCAAACCCAAGAGAAGGCUGUCUGCAGCCAGAAGGGCAGGGACGUCUUGUGCAAACUGUCAGACCAGCACCACUACACUGUGGCGGAGAAAUGCUAAUGGAGAUCCAGUCUGUAAUGCCUGUGGGCUUUACUUCAAAUUGCACAAUAUCAAUAGACCACUGACCAUGAAAAAAGAAGGCAUCCAAACCAGAAACCGAAAGAUGUCCAGCAAAUCAAAGAAGAGCAAAAAGUCCCAUGACAGUAUGGAUGACUACUCCAAGGGUUUUAUGGACAAGAGCUCGUUCAGCCCUGCUGCUCUCUCUAGACACAUGUCCUCCAUUGGUCACAUUCCUCCUUUCACUCACUCCAGUCACAUGUUGACGACACCAACGCCAAUGCACCCAACAUCAAGCUUGUCAUUCGCGCCUCAUCAUCCCUCCAGUAUGGUCUCAGCCAUGGGUUAGACUGAUUGAAAAAAAAACAACAACAAAACAAAAAACAAAAAAAAGUAAAGCCUUCUUUGUAUGUAUAUUUUUCAAACACAAAAUCCCAAGACUCAAAAUAUACUGACCUCUGAAGGCUUCCAUUCCUCAGAAACAGUUGUCACUGUUUAUGGAGCUCACUGUGGUGUAUAUGUAUUCUCAACCACUGGACCUGGAUUCCAUUUGUGUAAAAGCCAUUUUUUAAUCUUUUGCUGACUUCACACCCUGUCUAACAUGGCCUCCUGUACUGUGAAAAAGGGAAAUUAACUUUGAAUAUAUUUGUACAAAUUGUAUGAAAUAUAGUACAUUUAAUGAAGACUUUUUAAAGGCCUCUGGCCAGCUAAAAGGAGGGGUACGAGUGACUAGUGGAGAAAAGGAACAGUGAGAGCAAAAAAGGACAAAUAUAAGGCUACCUUCACCUCCCUGCUCAAAACAGUAAUGGACAAAAACUGCCAGUUCUGCUCAUUCACUGGCGGAAGUUGUUUGAUGCAUUAAAUUUGUAGACAGAUCAAUCAUCCAGACUGCAGGCCUCCACAUAGGAAAUACUAUCAGUUCCAGGCAAUCAGUGUUAACACACAGAUAUUGCCAACAAGGAUUCUCUGAAAGACAUUUUCCUGGCCUAUAUGCAUUGUGAACAAGUUCCUGUAUUUGUUAUUUGUAUGUAUAAAUCAGAUUUACCAAAAAUAUGAAAGAAACAAAGAUGUAGAACUAUUUCUUCUUGUAAUGCAGACUGAAUGGUUGUAUAAACUUAUGAAUUGCUAGUGUAAAAAGAUUGCUUUUUUUUGUUUGUUUUUGUUUCGUAAUAUUUUUUUUCUUUCUUUGAAAAUAAACUAGUUUAACUCUGUUGACCUGAA